AUUAAUUGAAAAUCAGUCGAAAUCUGCGGCACUCUGCAAACGGUCGUGUAGUGUGGUCGAAAAAAUAAGGGCUAAACAUAAUGCUGCAUGGCGAUCAAGAUAAACACAAUAUGGCAAAACGAUCUGGGGGAUACUCCCUUAAACGCAGGAACGAUCGUUUUGUGGUCGAGCCCAUUGUGGGAAUAGUGAAUCCAGCCUACGAACCCGAUCUGGGUGGAGAUAUAUCCUCAAACUGUGACAUCAAUCGAAAAUGGCAAGUAUAA